AUGGCAGAUAAGAAGAAAAAAAUAUUUACCCCGAAGGAGACAACUACACCGAGACGACCUAUGAUAUUGAAAUCAGAUCGUGAGACUGCAAAAGACCCGGCUAAAGAAAAACAGGAAAAAGAAAAGCAGCCUACCAUAAUAUUGAAAACCAGAGAGCAGAGUACUCCUAAGGAGGAACGACCUCUUAGUCCUAAAACUGUUAGAACUUCAACCUCUGAAGGAGAUGGCCCUCAUCCAUGUAAAAUUGCUCAAAAUGAAAACAAAGAGAAGAAAGCUCCUGAACAAAAGCCUAGUCCUCCUUUGAAGUUUAUGACGGAACCCGUGAAGCUGCUAGAUGAGAACCUAGAACUGAAUCCUAGUGCUUUAGAGUUCCUACAUGACUCCAGCACUAAUUACUUAGUAGUUGGAAUCAUAGGUACCCAAGGUGUCGGCAAGUCAAUGAUCCUCAAUCUGAUUGGUGCUAACGCCCAUGACCAGAGUGUGUGCUCUCAAAUACUGAACUCUCAUGAAAUGCCUCAAGAAAACACUUUUGACAGUAGUGAGAUGGGUCCCUUAGAGAAUCAAAUGGAAAGCUUAGACUUUCGUGAAACGCCUGAAGUAAAAGGGGCGGACAAACCUGACAGUAUCUUUAAGUUUAAGAUGCAAGACAUUGAACAAAUUGAGAGAGGUGUUCACUGCACAAAAGGAAUUGACAUGUACAUAACGAAGGACCGAAUGAUACUCCUCGACUGCCAAGCAUUGUGGUCACCGUCGCUCAUUGAAGAAUCUAACACAGCGGUCACAGCUAGAAGUGCUAACGUAGUGACAGUGGACUGUCUCCAAAUAGCAUCCUAUCUGAUGGCAAUUUGUCAUGUACUUAUUGCUGUGCAGGAUUGGUUCACGGAUUAUAACUUCUUAAGGUAUAUCCAAGCAGCUGAAAUGCUGAAACCAUCGCUAUCUGCUUCGAACACAGCUUCUAGUAACCAGGAAGGUUCAGAGUCGACGGGAGGUGGAGAGAGUCACCCCCACUUACUGCUCUUACAUAACCGUUGUCAGCUUGAAGAUUAUACUCCUGAAUCUAUGCGCAUCAUGCAAGAUCUCUAUAGAAAAGCAUUCCUCAAGUCAAAUCUACAGUUGAACUCCGGAAUGUACAUGUACAGCGAUACAAAUAAGAACAGCAUGAACGUCGACAGCGUGUGCAAAGGUUACAGCAUAAAGACGUGCGGGACGCCCAUUAAUCUGUUCCUACUUCCGGAAAUAUACGCUGACUUUGAUAACCCAGAAAUAUACCGUGGACAUCCUCCAUUCGAAAAACUGGCGAAUCGUCUUCGCUGGAUGAUCCUGGGUGUCAACAGGCAUCAGAUCACUAAUGUACCCAAUCUCUCAGAGAAGGGAUGGUUCCACUACUGCAGCAAAGCUUGGGAGACGAUUCGGAAGUGCACUUUCUUCAUGGAGUAUGAAAGGUUCUUACCGUGA